AUGCAGGAUUUGAGUUAUGCUUUUCCUGUUGAUCAGCCAUACUCGCCAAUUUGUCUAGUCUAUAUUUAUAUCCACCAUACUUCUCUGGGUCAUUCAAAUCGAACACUUGACACUGAUCGUAACCUAUCCCUACCAUCCAGCAUGGCUCCUGGCCAGAUCGAUUUUAUCUGCCUAAGGGCAUCUCCUGGAGCGCUGCGCUGUAUUUCUUUGCUGGCCCAUCUCUGGGUUCCGCUCAUUGUGCCACACCCCUGA